AUGGAGGAGGAGUUUAUCGAGCCAGUCGAUAAACCGCUUCCAAAACCCCAAAAGAAUUCUAAAAAGCGCGGCCCAAACAACUCCGACAAGUCGAGAACAAAAAAUCAGAAGAAGGGAAAAAAGCGCCAGUCUAGUGAAUCUCCUAUUCCCGAGUUUAUUUGGAAUCAAGUCAACGUGGAUUAUGAAGCCAAGUGUCAUGAUCCGCGCUUUGCGAACGAGGGUGAUGUUUUUAUAUGGGAUGCAAAUGAAUUUACAUACGAAAAUAUUCGAAGGACCGGGUUAAAGAAUCCAAUUUUGUUCACUAAUCAACAAGAUAUACUGGGGAUAAAGUAAGCCUUUUAUAAAAACUUAUUCUGCUUUUAGAAUCCCGGAUGUUAGCUAUGAAGAUGUAGUUAAUCUAAUUCAACCCUUCACGAAGAUCGACGUGUUUGACCACUCCACAGAGAAAACAAAAAACAUGUUGGUUAAAACCGUAGCGGAAGAGAUGGUAAAACCUGCAGAUAAUAGGUUAGGACCCUUAAACAUGCUUUCAUUAGAAGUCUCAUAUCACAAGCUGGGUGAACUCGUAGAGCCUCCGCGGUUAGUCAGAGAGCUUGAUUGGGCGAAGUAUAUAUUCCCGAAGGAGUUUGAACACCGGCAAUACUCUAAGGUUGAAAAGUAAGGAAAAACUUUCGGUUCAUAACCGAGACUCUUGACGUAAGGUGACAAAACAAUUUCGCUUUAGGUACGCCAUUUUUACUAUGGCUCGUUCGUACACCGACUUUCAUAUUGAUUUUGCCGGAACUUCGGUAUGGUACCACGUCAAAAAAGGACUUAAGUACUUCUUCUUGAUUGAACCGUCGUUAGAGAAUCUACAAAUCUUCGAAGAGCAUAAAAAUGCCUAUCAUAGCGGCGUUCAUGUUGGGUUCUUUGGAGAUGUGAUCACUGGUAAGCCUCUUAAUAAGAGCUAUUCUUUAGAUGGUGCUUACUAUCUCGAUUUUCUUAUAGGAAAAUGUACGUGCAUUAAAUUAACGGCUGGGCAGACCUUGAUCCUACCGUCUGGAUGGAUCCACGCUGUCUAUACACCUGAAGAUUCUCUGGUCUUUGGUGGUAACUUCCUUCAUUCCUUUUCAAUUCCUACGCAAAUCGAGGUUCGAGGGCAGGAAACCCGAGGACAAGUCCAGAAAAAGUUUACGUACUACUGCUAUGACCAAACUUUGUGGUAUUAUGCGGCUCACGUAGUGGAGAGAGCCCUUGGAAAGAAAUAUGUUCGACUAAUCAAGAGGUCUGAAUAUGACUCAAUACUCAUUAGACUGGCUGAACAUCCUGAAGAGUUUGCAAACUGUUGCUAUGACAUACAAUUAAACAAGGACGAAUUCUAUGACGACCCACGCCCGGAGGGCCCAAUUCAGUUUACAUUUGAUGCCUGUAAUGAGAAUGUUAUCAGGCCACCCUCUAAAUUUAAUGAAGGUAAGCAAUUUUCUUCGCAAUUUUUUUUUCUUUUGAUUUUAGAUUUAGGUCACUCAGAAUAACAUUUUUCGUUUUAGAGUACUUGUCGCAAAUUACGCCAUUUGAAAUAGUUGGACUUAUAAAGUUAGUUCAGGUCCUCGGAGAUUAUAGGGACCUUCUCCUAAACAGAAGACAAUGUAAAGUGCCUGAAGGAAUAAGGCGUCCUAAACAUUUACUUCAGGAUUUUCGUGUAAGUAUCUUCUUAUUCGUGAAAUUUUAAUUAGCGAAACUGCUGUAUUAAAAUUGAAUCUUCAGUAUGUCGUGGAUUAUAUUACCAACACAGCAUUCACAAGGCGGCAACCGGAUGUCAAUACCAACUCGUUGAACAAUAAGUCGUCAAUCGUUGAGUCGAACUCGCCUAAAAAUGUCGAAGAAGUCAAGAAUGAUGAUAACAGAGAUCAAGUUGAAGCCAAGACGCAGAACAUCGAAGCUAAGAUUGAAACAGAACAAACAACUGAGCCUACAGGAAGUAAUGGCACGACGGAUGGUGUGCAAAUCAAAUCAGAAGAAUCGAAAAGUAAGAUAGUAAAACCGUUAGAUCGGAAAAUUAUGAUAAAAGCGUCCUAAAGGUUUCUGCGAAACUAAAGUAACACCAUAAAAUCAUGUUUUAAUUCAUAUUCAGCCUUUCACACAUGCUUAUACCAGUUCAGCACAAAUUUCAUACGAAAUUUUUCCAUCAGAGUUUGAAAGUAACGUAGAACGCAAUGCCAAACAACAAAAUUUUAUUUGUUUUAUUUUUGGGACCUCAGACAACUUUUCGUGGAAAAUAUUUAUUUUGGUUACGUAAAUAAAAAUAAUUUGAUGUUUAGAAGAGAUGAAUGGGCAAAUUGAAGUGGAAAACAAGGAGGAAAAGCCUGUUCAAUCGAUUGAAAGUCAAGGGAGUAGCCAGCACCAAGAUAUUGGAAAUGUGGACGUUGGAAGCCCGUCGAAAAGAAAGCGGAAGAACACUAACAGAUCAGACGACGAUCCCGAUUUUGAGCCACAAGGUUCUAUGUCAAAGCACAUCAGAAAGCACUCACCAUCUUUCAAUGGAGAUCACUCUACUGAUUUGUUAGAACCUUCUGAGAAAAAGAAAUCAAAGAAGUCUCCAAAAGCAAAAGCCACGAAGAACAAUAAUGAUGGAAAUGCGGCUAAAGGUUCAGGUAAGAUUUUUGUUGAGAUUUAUUCGUUUUAGUGUGCAUGCGGACGUUAUGGAGAUUUUUUCAGCUCCAGUUCAUGAUAAAAAGCCAGCAAGUCACACUCAACCGCCAAGGAGGAGGCGGUCUUACCUAAAAACUGGACAUAAACAUGGUUCCAAGGAUGAGGAAGAUCAUGCCGCAAAAAAUCCGCCUAAACAUCGGAUUGAUGCUCCUAGUCCUGAUGCGGCACCGCCUGUUGAUGUUGUUCCAUUGGGAAGCAAGUUUAAUCACCAACACGUGGGCUCCAUCAAACGACUGAACGCGCAUAUUACUCCUGUGGCUAUUCAUGGAGCUCGGUUGGGUACCAAAGAGGAGAAGCAUAGAGCGUUGGAGUCUAUAAAAAUUCCUGGGCAAAUGAGUCGACCAUCAACAUCUCCGAAAGUCUUGUCUGAUCAAAAGGAUUUGUUCAAUGAGAUGUUCAUUAGUCCUGUAGGCGAGAAAAGGAGGUCGUUCUCUAAGCCCAGUCCGAGUCCAACGGCGUCGACUUCAAACAGUUUUGAGAGACCGUUGACCUUGAAUCCUGUCCCAUCUCCCACAAGGCAUCAUUCAAAGGGAGAAGGUAAGUGCAAUGUAAUAUUCAUUAAAUUCAGGGUCCAGUUUAAUUUUAUUUUCAAAUAUUGUAGUUUCAGAAGUUCCUUACACUCCAACUCGGCCAAGUUUGAACUUGAGUUCUUUGCACAGUCCGUUGUCUCCGAACAAUCCGUAUAACUCCUCAUUUAACCGCACUCUAGGUGGUUAUGAUCCCCGAAAUGCGGACAUGACUUUUUAUAAGACAAGGGAACAUGUUUCGGGGGAAACGUAAGUGUAAUCUUAUUUUCUUUGCAAGUGUUUACAAAUGAGCCAUUCAAUUUGAAUUAAUUUUCAGUUUUUCACCUGGUAUUGCUUACCAGCCCCCUCCUUCCCAACCUUCUCCAUCCCAAGCCCAAAACCGAAAGAAUCUCAAAUACCAACAUGCGCUCGACCAGCUGGAUGAUAUUAAUUCCAUUUUAGGCAGGGAUGAUUGA